AUGGCCAAGCGGGCACCCCAGCUUACUGGGGUCGGAAGUAAUUUCGGUCUGAAGACAGCGGAUGAGGUUGCUGUUGCCGCACUGGUACCUAUCUCUGUCGAAGCAGAUACCGUGACCGGAUGCAUCGGUGGCGCAAAUGCAGCCUCCCGGGGGGCGAUUGGGUCCGGUGUUGCAGGGACGGUCAAAGUCGCACGUAGAAUCGCAGGGAUCGCGGGCGCAGACGCCGUUGAUGCAGGACAAGCCAGCCGCACACCUGUUGCCGCAGCGACCACAGUUGAGCCUCUAAUGGUACCAAGAGUAGGACAGCUUGGCGUGGGAGUUGAGGAGGUUGUAGACCUUGUCGCUGUUGUGUCCAGUGUAGUAGAACUUGCGCUUAGCGUCGAAGAGCCUGAUGAUGUUGUGCCCAGUGAAGUAGAGCUUACGCUCAGCGUUGAGAGGCCUGACGACGUAUCUAGUGAAACAGAGCUAGUGCUCAGGGUCGAGGAUCCCGAUGAGAAACUUGAGCUCAGCGUCGAGAAACCCGAUGAUGAUGUUGUAUCCAGCGAAGUGGAACUUGAAGUCAGCGUCGAUAAGCCUGAUGACGUUGUGUCUAGCGAGGUGGAACUUGCGCUCAAACUCGAAGAGCUUGCUGAUGAAGAGGUGGAUGGAAGUGUCAUAGACGAAAGCGUCGUGAACGAAAAAGUCGUGAACGAAAGCGACGUGAAUGAAAACGUUGUAGACGAGAGCGUGUCGGUGUCCGUAGAACGAGAGCUCGAGGUCGAAGAUACAGUAGAGGCAGUACUUGACUCUGUACCAGUAGACGAGGAUGCAGUGUCUGUGGAUGACGAUAAACUGCUAGUAGAUGAUGAUGCACUACCAGUAGAUGAUGAUGCACUACCCGUAGAUGAUGAUGCACUCCCAGUAGACGAGGAUACACUAUCAGUCGAUGAUGACAAAGUCCCGGUAGAGGAUAACGUGAUAGUAGAGGAUAAGCUGUCAGUAGAUGACACACUACCAGUAAAUGAUGCACUGCCAGUAGAUGAGGAUACACUGUCAGUUGAGGAGGACAAAGUGCCGGUAGAGGACAGAGUGCCAGUUGAUGAGGACAGAGUAUCAGUAAAGGAUAUACUGCCAGAAGACGAAGAUACACUGUCAGUAGAGGAUGAUAGAGUGCCAGUAGAGGAUAAAGUGCCAGUCGACGAGGAUAUACUGGCAGUAGAAGAUGACAAAGUGUCAGUAGCGGAUAAAGUGCCAGUUGAUGAGGACAAAGUAUCAGUAGCGGAUAAAGUGCCAGUUGAUGAGGACAAAGUAUCAGUAGAGGAUGGUAGAGUGCCAGUAGAGGACAAAGUGCCAGUUGACAAGGAUAUACUGCCAGUAGAAGACGAUAAGGUAUCAGUAGCGGAUAAAGUGCUACUAGAUGAGGAUGUAGAGCCGGCUGAAGAGGACGCACUGCCAGAAGAUGAGGACACAGUAUCGGUAGAAGACAAAGUGCCAGUAGACGAGGAUGCACUGCCAGUGGAGGAUGACAAAGUAUCGGUAGGGGAUAAGGUACCAGUAGAUGAGGACAAACUGCCAGUGGAGGAUAAAGUGUCGGUAGAUGAGGAUAGACUACCGGUAGAAGACAAAGUAUCAGUGGACGAGGAUACACUGCCGGUAGAGGAUAUACUGCCAGUAGAGGAUGACACAGUAUCGGUAGAGGACAAAGUGUCGGUAGAUGAGGACAAAGUACCGGUAGACGGGGAUAAAGUGCCAGUAGAGGACAGGCUGACGGUAGAAGAUAAGCUGUCAGUAGAGGACAAGCUAUCAGUGGAGGAUAAACUGCCCGUAGAGGAUACACCGCUAGUGGAGGAAGCACUAUCGGUAGAUGAUAUACUACCGGUAGACGAUGAACUGUCGAUAGAUGAACUACCAGUAGAGGAUGAGCUACCAGUAGAGGAUGAACUGCCAGUAGAGGAUGAACUGCCAAUAGACGAUGAUAAACUGCCACUAGACGAGGACAAACUGCCGGUGGUAGCUGUAGAAGAACCCUGUGACGAUGUGAUUGGGGGGAUUGAGUUGCAGGAUGCGAUAGAAGUGAUAGUCGACGUGAGGGUCAAAGUGCGCACGCGCUGGCAUAGACUGCGUCCUGAUUGCCGCAGCUAUUGCCAAGGAACUGGAGUGGAAUCCGGUAUCCUGAUAUCUGGGAGAGACGGCGAGCCAGUCGGCAGGAUGAAAGCGGCAGCGUGGGCAGGUGUCGCUGUGCAAGACACCACCGUAGUCACGGUGUCGCGGGCAACAACUGUAACAGUGGUACUGGUAGGAAUGCGUGAGUUGUAG